AUGCAUUCCUGUUCUCAAACUCACUUCGCCUCCCUCAAGCUUCCUCAUUUCUUCGCGCCUAAGAGUUUUUUUGUGCGGAGAGAAUUUAGAGUGUUCGCAAUGGCAACAACCGUGGAGGAGUCGUCAGGUAACAUACCAGCGGCUCCGAUUGCUCUACCUGAAGGAUCAUGGAAACAGGUACCUGGUGGAGUUACAGCUGCUAAAGGGUUUAAAGCUGCUGGUAUGUAUGCUGGAUUACGAGCUUCAGGGAAGAAACCUGAUCUUGCUCUUGUAACCUGUGAUGUUGAAGCUGUAGCUGCAGGGGUGUUUACUAUGAAUGUGGUUGCUGCUGCUCCUGUAGUUUACUGCAAAAAGAUUCUUGAGACUUCGAAAACGGCGCGUGCAGUUUUAAUCAAUGCCGGUCAGGCUAAUGCAGCUACGGGUGAUGCCGGUUACCAAGAUAUGUUAGAUUGUGUUAGUUCUCUUGCGAAGCUACUUAAAGUGAAUCCAGAGGACGUGCUUAUUGAGUCAACUGGGGUCAUUGGUCACAGGAUAAAAAAGGAAGAGCUUCUCCACGCACUUCCAAUGCUAGUCAACUCGAUAUCAGACUCUGUUAAAGAAGCAGAUUCUGCUGCUGUAGCAAUCACGACAACAGAUCUUGUAAGCAAGAGCGUGGCUGUCGAAUCACAGGUCGGAGGAACCGCAAUUCGAGUUGGGGGCAUGGCAAAAGGCUCCGGGAUGAUUCACCCAAAUAUGGCAACUAUGUUAGGUGUCAUCACAACGGACGCGCUAGUUGAAAGUGAUAUCUGGAGAAAGAUGGUGAAGGUUGCAGUAAACCGAAGUUUCAACCAAAUAACUGUAGAUGGGGACACAAGUACUAACGACACAGUCAUUGCAUUGGCGAGCGGGCUAUCUGGAUCACCUUCUAUAUCUUCUCUGAACUGUAAGGAAGCUGCACAGCUUCAGGCAUGCCUUGAUGCGGUGAUGCAAGGACUCGCCAAAUCAAUAGCUUGGGAUGGCGAGGGCGCAACAUGUCUCAUCGAGGUAACUGUAAAAGGAACGGAAACUGAAGCAGACGCAGCAAAAAUUGCACGCUCGGUGGCUUCCUCUUCACUGGUCAAAGCAGCUGUAUAUGGGAGAGAUCCAAAUUGGGGACGCAUAGCUGCAGCUGCUGGCUAUGCCGGGGUUUCUUUCCAGAUGGAUAAGCUAAGGAUAUCGCUCGGCGAGUUUUCACUCAUGGAGAGUGGUCAACCUCUUCCUUUUGACAGGGAUGGAGCCAGUCACUACCUGAAGAAAGCUGGCGAGGUUCACGGAACUGUUACAAUCGAUUUAUCCGUUGGUGAAGGUGUCGCAAUCGGUAAGGCAUGGGGGUGCGACCUUAGCUAUGACUAUGUCAAGAUCAAUGCUGAGUACACCUCCUAA